GCCUGCACCAUCCGGAUCUUCGCGGCCGCAGCGGAAACUUGCCUUUCAGCGCACACCCACCAUGCCUCCCCCGGAUAACCCCUCCGAAGACCAGCUGCCCAACCCGAGCCACACAGAGGAAGCCACGAAGGACGAUGAGUUUCAGUUCCUGCACUGUCAGCAUUGCCGAAUGGAAGCCAAGUGCCCCAAGCUGCUGCCCUGCCUGCAUACUCUGUGCUCGGGAUGCCUGGAGCCGCCGGUCACACAGUGCCCCAUCUGCCAGGAGCCCUGGCCUCCGGGCACUGACACGCCGGUUCUGGAUAAUGUCUUUUUCGAGAGUCUGCAGCGGCGCCUGUCGGUGUACCGGCAGAUUGUAGACGCGCGGGCAGUUUGCGUCCGCUGCAAGGAGGUGGCGGACUUCUGGUGCUUUGAGUGCGAGCAGCUCCUCUGUGCCCAGUGCUUCGAGGCACACCAGUGGUUCCUCAAGCAUGAGGCCCGGCCCCUGGCUGAGCUGCGCAGCAAGUCAGUGCAUGAGUUCCUGGACGGCACGCGCAAGUCCAACAACAUCUUCUGCUCCAACAGCAACCACCGCUCCCCUGAGCUGACCAGCAUCUACUGCCGGGGCUGUUCCAAGCCACUGUGCUGUACGUGCGCGCUCCUGGACAGUAGUCACAGCGAUCUUAAAUGCGACAUCAACCUGGAGAUUGAGCAGCGGCAGAAGGAGCUGGACUCGAUGACUCAGGGACUGCAGGAGCAGGACAGCGCCUUUGGUGAGGUGCAUGCUCAGAUGAGUGCGGUGGUGAGCCAGCUGGGCCACAGGCGCUCCGAGAUGGAGGCACUGAUCCGCGAGCGGGUGCGCGAGGUAGUAAAGCACGUGGAGGCGCAGGAGCGUAACCUACUGGAGGCCGUGAAGGAGCGCUACGAGCGCGACUACGAAGAGAUGGCCAGGCAGCUGGGCAGCCUGAACACCAAGCUUCAGCGCAUCCGCAUGGGUGGCAUGCUCGUGCAGAAGAUGAGGCGCUUCGCCUCUGACCAGGAGGUAAUGGACAUGCACGGCUUCCUGCGAGAGGCGCUCCGCCGCCUGUGUCAGGAGCAGCCCCAGACCCCGCAAGCCACAGUGCACACGGACAGCUUCGACGAGUUUAGGGCGCGCCUGGAGGUCCUCACCUCUAGCAUCACCCAGGGUACAGAUGCAGUUCUGUGCAACAGAGCCAGCCCUCUCAGGGACGCUUCUGAUGAUGACUUGCCUGAGGAGGUACCCCAGAGAGUGCAGAUGCAGGCCCAGGCCGAGGCCACGGCCUUGGAGCUGGCUGAAAACCAAUGUAUGGCAGUGGUACAGUCCGUGCCUGGGGCACACCCUAAGCCAAUGUAUGCCUACUCCAUCAAAGACUCCUCCUACAGAGAGGAGAUCCCCAAGAUAGCCGUCCCCCAGAAGAGGAAGUCCUGCCAAACUGAAUGCCCCAGAAAGGUCAUCAAGAUGGAGUCUGAGGAGGAUAAGGAAGCAAAGUUGGCUCUGAACUCCUCUGAGCAGCCCAGGCCCAGCACCUCCAGGGCAGUCUCACCACCCCACCUGGAUGGGCUGCCCAGCCCUAAGACCCCCAUCAAAGAAGCUGACAUUUCCUCACUCAACAGCAGCCAUGGGACCGAUGACAUUGAGGAGGCAGAGAAUUGCGUCUUUGUGAUCAGCAGCUCGGAAGACUCAGAUGCAGAACACUCGUGCGUGGAGCCCACGGAGAGCACUGAGUCCAUGGAGAGUGCUGAGCCCACGGAGAGCGCUGAGCCCACGGAGAGCACUGAGCCCAUGGAGAGCACUGAGCCCAUGGAGAGUGCAGAGCCCAUGGAGAGCGCAGAGCCACCACAGUCCUUGCCAGCCCACUCCCUGCAGAGAGCAAGAGGAUCAUUCUAUCCCCACCACCACCGGGCCUUCUGCCUGCCCACUGGCACAUGCCGCCCCCCAGCUUGGUCUCCCCACCAUCCCUCUGAGCAAGCUGUCAUCCCUGAUGCUAUGCCUCCCAGCCAGCCUGCUGAGCACCAGGAGCCUGCUGUCCACCGCGGGAUCAGUCUCCUGUUGCACAGAGCACAAAGAACCACCCACUUUCGUCACGCCAGCCACUUGCCCCUCCGAAUGCACCGUGGUUCCCGGUGGUCUUCAUCUUCCUAUGUGGUCCAAGCUCCCACCCCUGCCACCCAAGGGCCUCCUGACCAUCUUGCCCAGGAGCAGCCUACCCACCUGAACAGGGGCAUCAGCCCACGCCGUGGGGUCCGAAGGUCUGUGCGCUCCCGUGGCCGCUCCCUCAGGGACUCCCCUGUGUCCCGGUGGCUCAGCCAAUUUUUUGCUCUCCCUUUUUCUUCCGUGGCAUCCCAGCUUGGUGCCUCUUCCAUAGGAGGUUCAGGGGGAGGAAGAGCACUCCAAGUUCUUGGGACAGGAGUUCCCCUUGAGAAUUCUGACAGAGCCCCCAUGAAUCCUCAAGUCCCACUGGAGGCCUCUCCAGUUAUGGUGCCACCACCCUGCCCUCCCAAGAGGCCCCCCACCAGCCUGAGCCCAGGCCCUGCUCAAACAGGCCUCUGAAAGCCCUGAGUCCUUCCCUCUUAUAAUUUUGCAGUUCAAGGUCUGUGUCCUAGUCACUGAACUGCCUCCAGCCUGUGCUCUUAAAGUCUAUGUACAUAGUGGGGAUUCAUUAACUCUUGGUCAAAAAAUAAACCAAAAAAAUGAAUGGCUGUGUGCACCUCUGGGCUGGAAAACUUGAGUCCUCUCCAGUCAAGAGGGGAAGGCUGACAGGGUGGCUGACAUCAGAUCACCAUUACGGGCCUCUCUGCCCACGAAAGAAGCCUCAUUCUGCACCCUCCUGUAUCCUGAGUACCCCCACAAAUAGCAUAGCCUUCCAUAUCCCAUUUGCUGUCCCCAAGCCUUUGGGCCUCUUCAGGAUCUAAGCCCCAUGAACACAAGGACUGUCCCUCCCAAGACCUGGCAGAAGUGGUUGCUCAAUAAAUACUUGUUGAAUGAU